ACUAAGUUUGCAAAUUUAAAUUUGUUGUUACUUUGCAGCAUUAUUUUAACCAUGUAAAUCUCAUCCAAGUACUCAUAGAACAUUCAAGUCAUAAGAGUGUGUCUCUGUUUUUAUAUGUCCAUAAUUUAUUUGUACUAAACAAGGGAAGUUUACAGGUGAAGAGUUCAAGAAAAAGACUGCUGUGACACAGUGUGAGUUGUGACUGUGAGAAUCUGUCAUGGACCCUGCACAGAAGACAGCCUUAAGGAAGUCUCGAGUUCAUCUGGUCAACCAUCUCGAGAUGAGACAUCUCUAUGAUUACAUACUUAAAGAUGAGCUGUUGACACCAAUCAUGGUUGAAACCAUACAGGCCAAGGAAUGUAGACCAGAUCAGGUGCGGGCUUUUCUUGACAUUCUGCCGCGUCGCGGUCCUACAGCCUACAACAUUUUUCUGAAGAUUCUGACGGAGAGUGGUCAAAAUGCUCUUGCAAAUCACAUCAAACAGGAAUAUGACAGAGAAACUGGCAAUGCAAGCGGUCUCUCUGAGCUGAGUCUUACUCCAGAAUCCUCAUCGGACAAUGAGGACAUGGAAGUGGAAGGUGUAGAAGUAUUCAAGGGCACUUCCCUGAUAACUGCAGUGCAGGAGACAGGCAGUCCAGUUGCUAACCUACCAGACCCCCAGUCCAUCGUGUCCUUGACCUCUCAAGGUAGCUCCGCCUCUCUGGGACCAGGGUACACAGGAAACUAUGAGGAGGAGUACCGCAUGGAGUCAUCUCCACGAGGAUUUCUCCUAAUCAUCAACAACCGCACGUUCAGGGGAGAUCUUGAAGAAAGGGUGGGCACAGAUGUUGACUGUGCAAACCUCAAAUGUCUGUUCCUAAGUCUGGGGUUUGGAGUGGAAUUGAGGACAAAUCUUACUGCAGAGGAGAUCAUUGCCAAUCUGGAGGUGUUGUCACGACAUGAGCAGCUGCCCUCUGUGGACUGUCUAGUGGUUGCCAUACUCACACAUGGGUCGGAUGAUUACCUGUACGGGGUUGAUGAAAUGUUUGUUGAUGUAAACCAUUUGUACGAGAAGUUAAGUGCUACACAGUGCCCUGCCCUUAUUCACAAACCAAAGUUUUUCAUUGUAAAUGCCUGUAGAGGAGAUGCUGAAGACAAAGGCAUCCUUGCUACUCCAAGCAUCGGCAGGUGCUCUGUGGGAGUUGACGUGAACAAGAUACCAGACACAGCCCAGGCAGUCAGACGUAUAGCCAACAUGCAGGACUUCCUUAUUGCUUACUCUACCAUACCUCGGCAUGUGAGCUGGCGACACAAGACAGAAGGAAGCUUCUUUGUACAGGGAUUUGUGAAAGUUUUUAAAGAGUGGGCCUCCACCAUGGAUGUUGUGUCCAUGCUGGUAAAGGUGAACCAUCACGUGUCCAGGAUUGACGAGUAUGCUGGCAUACAGAUACCAAGCCCGCAAGUCAUGUUGACCAAGAAGUGGUACCUUAAUCCACCCAAUGCUGCUUACAGUAGCUGAAAUAUUCCGGGUACCAAGAUCAGAUUAUGACUGUACUUUGGACGCAUUUGUAGUCCCAUUUAUUGGAGACCUUUCUUACUAGAUUCAAGAUUUUAAGGCUACAUCUACAAAACUUAAGAUACUGAUGAGCAGCAAACAGCAUAAAACCUGCACAGACUGCAGGUGACUCGCAGGCUGUUCUGGUUUUAUGUUGUUUGUGCAUAGCCAUUUUCACUUAGGUUCUGAGUGGGAAAGGAUUAACCCUUUCAGUGCGGGAACCGAAUUUUGAAGGCCUUUGCAAACAGUUUGGAUACAGAUGAGACGCCACAGAACGUGGCGUCUCAUCAGGAUCCAAACUGUUUGCUAUUCUGAUAGUAUUCUUUGAAAAAAAAUAUAAGAAAAUGCUAUUUUAGAAAUUCAGCAGAAGACAUUUUAGCAGACGACCAAUUUCCCAGCAUGCAAAGGGUUAAAUAGUCAUGUAUGGAAAUGUGUUCAGUUUGAAAUAUAGAAAAAAUGAGUUAUUAUCGUCACAUUGUGUGGGUUACUAAAGUUUCUGGUCAUUUGAAAUUCAGACAAGAAUGGCCUUAUAGACCUUAUAUUAUACUCAAACAUGGUCAUUAUCUGUACAGAAAAUUAGAUAUUUGUAAAACUGAAUACAUACAUGGUUGGGGUAGAACAUUAUUAGUGGAGAUAAUAGCAUCAAAGCAUCAUAAGUAAAAAAAAAUUUACAGAUCUCAUUGCAGACGUGUAAAUUUCUGUAAAAAAAGGUUGAUUUUCAUGGGAUUUGUAUGAUUCUUUUUUUAACCCUUUGCAUGCUGGGUAAUUUGUCUUCUGCUAAAAUGUCGUCUGCUGAAUUUCUAAAAUUAGCAUUUUCUUCGAUUUUUUUCAAAGAAUACUAUCAGAAUAGCAAACAGUUUGGAUCCUGAUGAGACGCCACGUUCUGUGGUGUCUCAUCUGGAUCCAAACUGUUUGCAAAGGCCUUUAAAAUCCGGUUCCAGCGCUUAAAGGGUUAACUAAGAAUGUUACUAAAUGCUAACUAUGUUAUUGACACUGAAUGUUUAAGUUUAAGUUUCUGUACUUAUCUGCAAUGAAGUCAGUAAAAUUGUGUAAUUGUUGUCUGCUUUUAUCUUUUCAAGAAACUUACAAUACUUGUGCAUGAAAGAGUUACGAUAUUUUAAAUAGUGUGAAUGUUUUUUAAUGUAUUUAAAAAAUUUAAAUGGUGCUUAUGUGAUUUAAAUGUAUUUGCAUUGUAUUGUGAAUGCUGGUUAUUUGACAUACAAUGCCCUUUAUGUGGUGUAUAUAUUUUUUAGCAAAUAUGCCAUUUACAAUGUUGUAUAUUUAUUGUUAAAAUAGUCCUUUACAGUGAUUGUUUGAUUUGUGUAAUUAUACAUAUUUCUUUUGUAUUUAACUGCUAACUAUUAUUGAUAAUCUUUUAAAAUUAAUUGAUCAGGGGGGUAAUAAUGUGAUUGUCAAGAUGGCGAUAUCCAUGCCGAGACAGGUAUUUUUGCUGUUUUAUUCCCUUAUUUACUUUUUUUUUUAAAUACCCAGCCAUAUCAGUAAGACAGUGAUUAGCAUUUAUUUCUAAUUAAUAUUGUCUUCAUAUCUGGACUUUGCUCGGCUACAAAUUUAGUUAGCAGGAGCUGUAGUUAAGUGAAACUUUACUCUGCAUUGACUUUCCCAUCCUAUCAGGUGAUUAUCCCCUCUGUUUAUUGUACAAAUAUUUGUGUUAUCAAUAUUUCUUUUUAUAUUAUUUAUUCGAAUCAUCUUUGUUCUUUAAGUUGUACAUUUUUACAACUUUAUUGUAUAUGAGCCCAACUACAAACGUUUAAAAACAGAGGAUAGUUGUUCCUUAUAAGACUAAGAUCUCCAAAUAUUACAAUAACUUCGCUAUGGACAACCUUAAUGAAAUUUAAACGUAUAGCAAGCUUUCAUGGAUACCUAGCUUGGUUGUUAUUCCUAAAAAAAGGACAUAACUACGUUAUACAUAAAAUAUAUUCUGUUUGGAAUGAGAUAUUGAACUGUAUCUGUUGAAGAGAUAUUGAACUGUAUCUGUCGAUGAGAUAUUGAACUGUAUCUGUCCAUGUAAUUGAGAUAUUGAACUGUAUCUGUCGAUGAGAUAUUGAACUGUAUCUGUCGAUGUAAUUGAGAUAUUGAACUGUAUCUGUCGAUGAGAUAUUGAACUGUAUCUGUCGAUGUAAUUGAGAUGUUGAACUGUAUCUGUCGAUGAGAUAUUGAACUGUAUCUGUCGAUGAGAUAUUAAACUGUAUCUAUCGAUGAGAUAUUGAACUGUAUCUGUCGAUGUAAUUGAGAUAUUGAACUGUAUCUGUCGAUGUCAUUGAGAUAUUGAACUGUAUCUGUCGAUGUCAUUGAGAUAUUGAACUGUAUUUGUCGAUGUCAUUGAGAUAUUGAACUGUAUCUGUCGAUGUAAUUGCGAUAUUGAACUGUAUCUGUCCAUGUAAUUGAGAUAUUGAACUGUAUCUGUCGAUGUAAUUGAGAUAUUGAACUGUAUCUGUCAAUGUAAUUGCGAUAUUAAACUGUAUCUGUCGAUGUAAUUGAGAUAUUGAAGUGUAUCUGUCGAUGUAAUUGAGAUAUUGAAGUGUAUCUGUUGAUGUAAUUGAGAUAUUGAACUGUAUCUGUCGAUGUAAUUGAAAUAUUGAACUGUAUCUGUCGAUGUAAUUGAGAUAUUGAACUGUAUCUGUCGAUGUAAUUGAGAUAUUGAACUGUAUCUGUCGAUGUAAUUGAGAUAUUGAACUGUAUCUGUCGAUAUAAUUGAGAUAUUGAACUGUAUCUGUCGAUGUAAUUGAAAUAUUGAACUGUAUCUGUCGAAGUAAUUGAGAUAUUGAACUGUAUCUGUCAAUGUAAUUGAGAUAUUGAACUGUAUCUGUCAAUGUAAUUGAGAUAUUGAACUGUAUCUGUUGAUAUAAUUGAGAUAUUGAACUGUAUCUGUCGAUGUAAUUGAGAUAUUGAACUGUAUUACUAUCAAAUUUAUCUAGUUAUGUCAAAUAUUCCUUUUAGUUAAAUUUUCUUACAUUACAAGGAAAUCAACGUUGUUCUAUCAAUAUGCACAAAACCAUGUUGACAACAAACCUUUUGGCCCCCCUUCGAAGAAGAGGGGGUAUAUUGUUUUGCACAUGUCGGUCCGUCGGUCCACCAGAUGAAUUCCGGAUGAUGACUCAAUAAAGCUUAGUCCUAGGAUCAUGAAACUUCAUAGGUACAUUGAUCAUGACUGGCAGAUUAGCCAUAUUGAUUUUAAGGUCACUAGGUCAAGGUCACACUGACUCGAAAUAGUAAAAUGCUUUCCGGAUGAUAACUCAAGAAUGCUUAUGCCUAGGAUCAUGAAACUUCAUACGUACAUUGAUCAUGACUUGCAGAUAACCCCUAUUGAUUUUCAGGUCACUAGGUCGAAGGUCAAGGUCACAGUGACUCUAAAUAGUUAAAUGGUUUCCGGAUGAUAACUCAAAAAUGCUUUCGCCUAGGAUCAUGAAACUUCAUAGGUACAUUGAUCAUGACUGGCAGAUGACCCCUAUUAGUUUUCAGGUCACUAGGUCAAAGGUCAAGGUCACAGCGAAUUGAAACAGUAAAAUGGCUUCCUGAUGAUAACUCAAGAAUAAUUAGGCCUAGGAUCAUGAAACUUCAUAGGUACAUUGAUCAUGACUAGCAGAUGACCCCUAUAGAUUUUCAGAUCACUAGGUCAAAGGUCAAGGUCACAGUCACAAAAAACGUAUUCACACAAUGGCUGCCACUACAACUGACAGCCCAUAUGGGGGGCAUGCAUGUUUUACAAACAGCCCUUGUUUUCAAUGUUUUCAAUAAACCAGUUAAUUAAUUGUCGAAAAAAAAUGUUUUGUCCGAUUAGCAUGCAUGCUACAUUAGGCAGAGGGGCUAUUUUACCUUCAAUACCGAAAUUAUAUGAGAACAUAAGUACAUUGUUUUAUAAUGAAUGUUUACACCACACGGAUAAAAAGUAUUUUGUGUGGAUAAAUUACAUUAACAGUAGAAAGAAACAUGUUGAUUUAUAGCAAUGUAGAAACCGUAGACUUUAUAUUAACUUCAUAUUUAUAUUACCAUUAAAGUUAUGCCAAGAAACACAUGUGUAUGUUACAUACUGCCAGACAACUCGAUGUAGAAUAAUUAUUGUAGAACAAUAAACUGUACACGUUUGGUUUCGCCAAACUAUUAUAGUAA